CAGCGCGGCCGUCCGCUGCCGUAAGUAAAUGCUGGUCAAGUUCCAUUUCGCGUGCUGAUUAUUCUCACUGUCUGUUUAGGGCCACACUCCCAAAUACCGUCCUCUACCUUCGAUCAGUUACCCGUUCCAUUCGCACGGAGCAAGCCGCAGUAGCUUGUGACAGUAACAACCUGUGACAGUAGCGAGAGGGUACGAGCAAGCAUGUCGAGCAUAUACGUGCUCGAGCCACCGACGCAAGGCAAAGUAGUGGUUACCACCACCCUUGGCGACCUCGAUAUCGAGCUCUGGCCACGUGAAGCCCCCAAAGCGGUCCGCAAUUUCGUCCAGCUGUGCUUGGAGGGGUACUAUGACAACACCAUAUUCCACCGCAUCAUUCCCGGCUUCAUGGUGCAGGCUCGGCUGUGCUUGGAAGGGUACUAUGACAACACCAUAUUCCACCGCAUCAUUCCCGGCUUCAUGGUGCAGGGCGGAGACCCAACUGGUUCAGGCACGGGCGGGGAGUCCAUCUACGGGGAGCCAUUCAAGGACGAGUUUCACUCGCGGCUGCGCUUCUCCCACCGCGGGCUCGUCGCAUGUGCCAAUGCGAGCGCGCCCCACAGCAACGGCAGCCAGUGGUUCUUCACUCUGGACCGAUGCGACUGGCUGGACAAGAAGCACACCAUAUUUGGCAAGAUCACCGGUGACACCAUUUUCAACGCGGUGCGACUGGGGGAGGUGGAUACUGACGACAAUGACAGGCCGUUUGAUCCACCAUCAAUAAUCAGUGUGGAGGUCAUCUGGAACCCCUUCGAGGACAUUGUUCCCAGGAGACUUCCUGCCACACAGCAACUAGAAGCUGCAAAGAAGAGCAAAGGCAGGGACAAGAACAAGCGGAGGCAACAACCGCAGGUCAAAGGCACCAACCAGUUGAACCUCCUCUUGUUUGGCGAGGAUGUGGAGGAGAAGGAGGCUCAAGGCUGUGCUAUAUUUGCCUUGGCCCCCAUUGCCCUUUUUGACCCCAUACCCCCCGCCCCAUCCCCCCCCCCACCCCCUUCCCCUCCCUCCCCCCUCCUACUUGUGUUGAUCAGGCUGUUGAACCUCCUCUUGCUUGGCGAGAAGGCGAGGAGGAGGAGGAGGAGGAGGAGGAGGAGGAGGAGGAGGAGGAGGAGGAGGAGGAGGAGGAGGAGGAGGAGGAGGAGGAGGAGGAGGAGGAGGAGGAGGAGGAGGAGGAGGAGGAGGAGGAGGAGGAGGAGGAGGAGGAGGAGGAGGAGGAGGAGGAGGAGGAGGAGGAGGAGGAGGAGGCUCAAGGCUGUGCUAUCUUUCCCUGGGUCCCUUUUAUCCCAUACCCCCCCCACCCGCCCCCGCCCCCUCCUCCCCCCCAAUCCCUUCCCCGCCUUCCCCCUCCUACUUUUGAUGAUCAGGCUGCAGCUGAACCUCCUCUCGUUCGGCGAGGAGGCGGAGGAGGAGGAGGCGCAAUUAGAAGAGGCGAAUCUGCGGAUCAGAAGCAGCCAUGACGUGCUCAAGGACCCCAGGCUGCUGGCUGAAACAGCAGAGGCGGUUCAGCUGAAGUUGGCCUCCCGGGGAGGGGACUCAGAGGGGGAAGAGGAGGAGGAGGAGAGUGGGCGAAGAGAAGGGGAGAGGCUCAGUAGAGGGAGAGGCAAUGGCAGAGAAGGAGACAGUGCUGGUGGUGCCAUUGGGAGCGGGAGAGGAAGGAAGGGAGAAGAGAAGGGUGGAAAGAGUGGUGAUAGGGGUGGUUUAGGGACUCUUGAGCUUCUGAACCGGUUCAAAUCGAAGCUAACUGCAUCCAAGUCCGUGCAACAGAGGGAGACCCGUGCAGACAAGGACAGGGAAGAUGCAGCAGAUGAGGGGGGAGGAGGGGGCAGAGAGGAGGAGCGGGAAGGAGAGAGAGGCGGUGGUGGGGGCAGCAGGAGAAGGGAGCCGUUGGAGUCAGGGAAAAAGAGGGAGGCAGGGGCGUAUGGGCCGGGGGGGAAGGCGAGGCAGGAUGUGGGAGGAGAGGGGGAGGAAGAGGAUGCAGAGGAGGGUGGGGGUGUGGAUUGGAUGGCUCACCGGCUCAAGUUCGAAGUGAAGAGGAACAAGCGGGAUGAGAUGCUGAGGAACGAGGACCCCGACCAGUACGCGGUGCACGACCCGCUGCUUGAGAAGGGAAAAGAGAAAUUCAACAAGAUGCAGGCCAAGGCGAAGAAGAGAAACAGAGAGUGGGCCGGCCGCUCUCUGGACUAGAAUGGGUGUGUUGAGCAGCGUGCUGGACUCUCUGUGGGAAGAGGGCAAUGAGAUGAGAACCUCAAUAGGAUCGCUGGUUUGACUUUUCAUGCUCAGCUCAGCUCGUCACGCGUGAAAAGUGGUGGUCAACUCAACAAGAUGCAGGCCAGGGCGAAGUUUUGAGAAUUCUGAAAAAACUAACACAAUGACUUGUACCUACACUCAGCUCAGCUCCUCCUCAACAAGAUGUCAGCGUGUGAGGACAAGGGGUGGAAAAACAGAUGCAGGCCAGGGCGACGAAGCCCAACAGAGUGGGCCAGUCGAUCGCUGGACUGGGCUGAAUUGGAUGUUCGGUACUUUGACCAGCCUCUGGUGCGCCAUGCACAACCCGCUGCUGGAGAAGGAAGGUGUCAACUUAUACAUAU